AUGAUUGACAGCGCCUGUCACAAGGUCUACUCUCCUCCAAUCACAAGCGUUCUUCUGGUUAGCUCAACUUCGGGAAGGCGCCAUUAUGGCGCUGGGAGGCUCCGAAGCUUGAGGCUUGCUCGUCGCGAUCCUGAGGCAACUCUACCAGCUUCCAUUCUUGAACUUUUGGAAAGAUUACCAUAUUUUCCCAACCCUUCUCCCAAAUUAGAAUUUCAUUUGAUAGUUCUGAUCUGCAUCUUACGGGCUGUUCUUUGUAAGUUCCUUUUUGAUCCUGUUACUUUCAACGUUCUGAUUGUGAAGAUGGAUCGAAAUACUGUACCCACUCUGAUGGAACUUGCUGCAAAGAGUCUGAUGAGUAAUGAGCCUGCCGGUAUCUACGCCUUGGAAGUCCUUCCUAAACAUUUCUUCAUUCAAUUGUUCACCACUGCCUUAUUGGACAGACAGAAGAAGAUGUUAAAGGAAAUAGUGAGAGUUUGGCCCUUUCAGUGUCUGCACAUUGGGACAUUGAAUAUAGGAGAAUCACCUUAUGACAUUUUGGAAGCCAUGGUGGAUGGUCUGCAGUUCCUCCCUGUCCAAAACACUUCCUCAGGGACCUCCAAACUGAAGAUUCUUGAUUUAAGACAGACAUUGGAAAGUGAAAUAACAUGCUAUUACAGGGCCAAAUACCCAUUCUGUUUUCAGUCCUGUGUUUAUUCUGAGCACUCAAUUCACAAGAAAGAAGAAGCCCAGCAUAGAGUUAGGCGCCUUGGAAUGGGUACCUCAGAGUCUGAGCCUGUCAAUAAACCCAUCGAAUUAUUAUUGGACAUUUCCUUCAGUCGUACCUGGAGAGCUAAGAAAUUUAUUAUUUUUAUUAAGAGCAAGAUUGAGCAGAGCUCUGGGUCACUGCACCUCUGCUGCAGAAAUUUGCAAAUUGAUAACAUGCGUGUACACCCAAGGAGCCUGCGGAUCUUAGAUCCGGCAUGUAUUAAUCACCUUGAAGUGAAUCGGGCUCACCUGAGAAAUGUUACUAUCCUUUUUCCUCAUUUGACCCACCUGGAAAGCCUUAAGCUGACUAACCGUCCCUUUCAGUCUUGUCAGGGGAGAAACUUCAACAUUUUUCUCAUAUGGCUUGGGAAGCUAGAAAUCCUUCAGGACCUCAGCUUGUCUUUCUUCGGCCUUAGAGAUCAGCUUCACAAACUGCUAAGAGUCCUGCAACCUCAAUUGGAUACAUUGAGCUUGUCUUUCUGUCAUCUUUCUAACGAUGAUAUCACUGUGCUGUCUCAGAGUCCUCAGGUCACCAACUUAAAGCGACUGAAUCUGAGUAACAACCAAAUUUUCCAGGACUUUAAUGAGCCCUUUCUGACUCUGCUGGAGAGAGUCUCAGGCACCCUGCAAUAUCUGGAGUUGACCAACUGUCAAAUCACUGAUUCUGUUCUCUCUGCUCUAAUCGGACCCCUGAGUCGCUGUUCCAAGCUCCAUGUCUUUAGCUUUUCCUUCAAUCCCAUCUCAAUGUCUGCACUCAUGAACUUUGUGCAACACCUAACAACCUGGAUGACUCUUCGCUAUGUGGUUUAUCCUAUCCCUCUCCAUUGCUAUGAACAAGGGAUUUUUCAUGUUAAUUUGGACCAGCAGAAACUUGCAGAAGUGCAGACCCAGUUGAAGCUGAUGCUAAAAGCAAUAAAACGAGAAGACAUGCACUGGUCCACUUAUCCUGAAUGA